AUGUUCAGCCAGGAAGUCACUCGUCUUCGAGCAGAAUAUCAGCCGAAGCGACAGAAGUCUAACGCCUUCCCUCCUGCGGGACGGCCCAUCCUGGACAUGGAGCUUGUGCCUGGCGAUAAACCGGCCGUUGGAAUCUGGUACGAAGACGGCACGCAACUGGGCCAAUAUGUUCGCCUCUUUGAUCUACUAGGGACACUGUCAGAUGAUAUUCUUCGCCUUAAGCGCCCCCUACCGGCGGUGAACGGUCACUACGAAAUCGAAGGAGACACCAUCCGCAGUCUCGACAAAUGUCCCAACCAUCCUACAGAACAUGAAGACGACUUUGAGUAUGUUUCCGACCUCACUGCUAAGCUGCCGCUUAUCGAUGUCGACUCCUCGCAUUUCACCUAG